AUGGGCUGUAGAUUUAUAAGUGCUGAUGAUGGUCUGCUGGAUUGUUUCUUCACUGAUAUAGCUGGAACACUGGUGUUGAAGACUGUACUGCACUGUGUUGAAAUGGCUGGUGACUUUAUCACCACUAAAACUACUUUUGAGGGCAAGCCGACCGAUUACUGGGUCUUGACUCAUUAUAAAAGCUCGAACAUUGUAAAUGUCGCACUUAAGGAUAGAUGGCGUCAUUCGGAAGCAUCAGUGAAGAUCUUCACGAGCGAUAAAUCGAAAGACCAGUCAUUAAAUAGUAGUCUGAAUCAGACUAUGCAGGCCGUAUUCGAUACAAUGCUGCAGGAUUUAGAUCGCCGAACAAUAAAAAGCAAAAUUAUAUUUUCGUGUGUGUGGUAAAUAGGUGGACACUGAGUGUCAAAUCACCGGAUUGUGUGAUACGGUAAUUCUGAGUCGUCCGAGGGGAACAUUCCCAAUUGAACAAAAAAAAUUACCGUGGAAAAACGAACUGUGAACA